AACUUGUAUAUGUAUAAUGAGUAAUCCAAAUAUAGUUUGUUCGUUGCAUUCCUUCAAAAAAAAGAAUUCUUGAUUCUAUAAUAACACGAAUUCAGGGAAUGUAAAUAUGAUGUUUUAAUAAUAUGUAAAUAAUGGCAUCUAUGCAAAUGAAAGGUUAAAUAACCUAAAUAUAAAAAAAAAAUAAUUGGACCAGUUUACCAUGCCAAUUGUAUGGACUGAAAACCAAACUUUGAAAUUAGUAAUCCUUUAUAGUCGACACGAGAGUCUGACGAAUCCUUUCCACCGCGAUUUCAAGAACAAACUAUGUCGUUACAAAGCAUACAAACAGAUUGUAGAUUGCAUGAACAUCCGCGGUUUAACGGUUUGCGAUUGCAUCAAACGAAUCACCUACGUUAAGGCGCAAUAUUGUUACGAAUUGUCGAAAAUCAGUGCAGCGAUAUCUUGCGAAAAAAUGUAUAAACCUAAAGCAAGCUGGUUUCCAGUAAUGCACAAAAUACUUUUUCCAUUUAUCGAAGCGUACGGUUGUUCAGACAAUUCUUGGAAGAUAAACAACAACGAAAGAGACGUAUACAAAAAUUAUUACAGCAGCAACUUAAAUGAUCAGACAGCGUAUCCAAACAUAGUGAAAUUGCGAAAAACACAGAGCAAAGGUUGCAGUUGCACUUACGCGAAUUGUUGCUGCGCUCAACCAUAUAAGGAGAAGCUUCGCGUACAUUCUAAGAAACAUUGGGAUCAACCAGGGACCGAUGAAUGGAUUUCUGUUGAACACGAAAUCCAAACCGACGUUUCGUUUUUCAAAACUAAAUGCACUGCGUGUCAAACGUGCGUGCAAGAUAGCACGGUCAUUAAAAGAGAUUUGAAGGAUGUCUACGUGACAGUGGAGGACAAAGGGAAAAGAAAAGCUCAUGACGAAUUCGACAUGUUUGGAAAGAGCAUCGCGUUUCAGUUAAGAAAUAUAAAUUUCGAAACUGCAGUUAAGCUGGAGAAAUGCAUACAGGACCUGAUCACGCAGGAGCGUCUCGAUAACAUUAAAUUGAAACACGCGUCCCACAGUGUUCCUUUAGAUUGUUCCAGUUCCAAUUGUAGCGAUUGUAAAGCCAUGGGCAAGGAAAUGAUUUGUAGCUGCGGGUUACCGGUGAUCAUGAUCAAAACCGAUCAUUCUUGCGAAUUCGGUUGCAAAUAA